CCAACCCUAUACCCACGCGCGUUCCGUUGUCCUUCCCGUUGCCCGCUUGCCCCGUGCCCGCCUCAACGGGCGUGAGGUGGGUGGGCAAUGGGAGGGGCCCCACAGCGUGUGAUUGCCCCCCCCACCCCACGCAUGUCGCAGGUGGGAGUGGGUGCCCCACCACCCCGGGGCACCAUGCCGCUGGGGCGGGACGGACCCAGCUGGAAGAAGAGGACCGAGGACAUUCGGCGCAUCUACGAUUUCCGAGAGGUCCUGGGCACGGGAGCCUUCUCUGAGGUGGUCCUGGCAGAGGAGAAAGCUACACGGAAACUGGUGGCCAUCAAAUGCAUCGCUAAGAAGGCGCUGGAGGGGAAGGAGACCAGCAUUGAGAACGAGAUCGCUGUCCUCCACAAAAUCAAGCACCCCAAUAUUGUGGCCUUGGAUGACAUCUACGAGAGCAGCACCCACCUCUACCUCAUCAUGCAGCUAGUGUCAGGGGGGGAGCUCUUUGACCGUAUCGUAGAGAAGGGCUUUUACACUGAGCGGGACGCCAGCGCCCUGAUCCGGCAGAUCCUCGAUGCUGUCAAGUACUUGCAUGACAGGGGGAUCGUCCACCGCGACCUGAAGCCCGAGAACCUGCUCUAUUACAGCCUGGACGAGGACUCCAAGAUCAUGAUCAGCGACUUUGGGUUGUCAAAGAUUGAGGGCUGUGGCAGUGUCAUGUCCACAGCCUGUGGCACCCCUGGCUACGUGGCCCCCGAGGUGCUGGCACAGAAGCCCUACAGCAAGGCAGUGGAUUGCUGGUCCAUCGGGGUCAUUGCCUACAUCCUGCUCUGUGGGUUACCCACCCUUCUAUGAUGAGAUGAUGCCAAGCUCUUUGAGCAGAUCCUGCGGGCUGAGUACGAGUUUGACUCACCCUACUGGGAUGACAUCUCGGACUCAGCCAAAGGACUUCAUCCAGCCACCUGAUGGAGAAAGGACCCCAGCAAGCCGCUCACCUGCGAGCAAGCCCUGCAACACCCCUGGAUUGCUGGGGACACAGCCCUGGACAAGAACAUCCAUCAAUCAGUGAGCGAGCAGAUCAAAAAGAACUUUGCAAAGAGCAAGUGGAAGCAAGCCUUCAACGCCACGGCGGUGGUGAGACACAUGAGGAAGCUCCAGCUGGGAACCAGCCAGGAAGGCCCUGGGCAGACAACUCCUACCAGCCCUGGUGAGAGGCCGGUAGGGGGCACCAGCAACGGGUCGGACUGCAGACGCUCACCCACAAGCAGAGCUCAGCGCCUCUCACCAGACUGAGCACAGCCCCACAUGGCCACGUCCUGGGGUUGCUGAGGAAGGGGCCAGGGGUCCCAGCCCUGCCGUGGGCACAGCAUGGGGUGGGGGCCCUGCAGUGCUGGAGCAGAGGGGAUGAUGAAGGGCUCCCUGCCCUGCUCUUCAUGGGAGUGUAUGACUGUCCCCCACCACAGGCUCACAGCAGAGCUCUGCGUUGGGGCAAGGGCAGCCUCCAGGAACUCUCACACAGCUUGAGGCUGCGUCCUGGACUCCUUCUUGGCCCCCAAGCCUGCCCUGACACACCACUGACCCACACCCACCUCUCCACAGCAUGUACAAGGAGAAUUUUCCAAAUAGAUGUUUCUAUUUUAUUGCUUGUAAUAAAGGCAAGAGGCCAACA